CACUGAUUCUCGAGUCACAGUAGUAAUGUUCCACAGCGUGUAACAGGCGGAUCUCACAGACUUCAGACUGAUCCCAUCAAGAGAAAUGUUACUACUGAAAUCGUUCAAGACGUCUUAAAGUUACUCGAAUGCAUAGCCUACUGUUCAAGUCCGCGCGACGAAUAAGUUCAAAGAUGUCUGUCAGUAAUCACGAGAACCGAAAGUCAAGGUCAAGCUCUGGGUCCAUGAACAUCCAUCUUUUCCACAAAACGUCACAUCCAGACAGCCUGCUUACCCACCUCAAUCUCCUCCGCAAGCGACAUGUCUUCACGGAUGUAGUCCUGCGUGCUGGACAUCGAGCAUUCCCAUGCCACCGGGUGGUUCUGGCAUCAUGUAGCCGCUAUUUUGAGGCCAUGUUUAGCGGUGGCCUGAAGGAGAGCCGAGACGCCGAGGUCAACUUCCACGACUCUUUGCACCCGGAGGUUCUGGAGCUCCUGCUUGACUAUGCCUACUCCGCCCGUGUGAUCAUCAACGAGGAAAACGCAGAGUCUUUGCUGGAGGCUGGCGACAUGCUCCAGUUCCAUGACAUCCGCGAUGCCUCUGCAGAAUUCCUGGAGAAGAACCUGCAUCCGUCCAACUGUCUUGGGAUGAUGCUUCUGUCCGACGCUCAUCAGUGCCAGAGGUUGUACGAACUUUCUUGGCGGAUGUGCCUGGCAAAUUUCGCCAAUCUCUACCACACUGAGGACUUCUUAAGCCUGCCCAAACAGAAAGUUCAGGAGCUUGUUUUUAGCGAGGAGUUGGAGGUUGAGGAUGAAAGCAUCGUGUACGAGGCUGUUAUUGAUUGGGUUAGAGCAGACAUUGGGAGAAGACAUCUGGAUCUUCCCGACCUUCUGCGGUGUGUUCGCCUCGCUCUACUUCCGGAGUCCUACCUGCUAAAGAAUGUGGCGUCCGAGGAGCUCGUCAUGGGACACAAGGUGGGUCGUGAGAUUGUAGAAGACGCUGUCCGUUGCAAAAUGAAGAUCCUGCAGAACGACGGAGUUGUCACAGGUUUCUGCGCCCAACCCCGGAAGGUCAGCCAAGCCCUCCUGCUUCUAGGAGGCCAAACGUUCAUGUGCGACAAAGUGUACAUGAUUGAUCACAAGGCGAAAGAGAUCAACCCCAAAACGGACAUUCCUAGCCCUCGCAAAGAGUGUAGUGCUUGCGCGAUCGGCUGUAAAGUUUAUGUCACGGGUGGUCGAGGGUCUGAAAACGGGUCUUCAAAAGACGUUUGGGUCUAUGACACAUUGCACGACGAAUGGUCCAAAGCCGCACCGAUGCUCGUCGCUAGAUUUGGACAUGGUUCAGCAGAACUUGACCACAUCCUCUAUGUAGUAGGUGGACACACAUCCCUUGCUGGGUCGUUCCCUGCAUCCCCGUCUGUGUCCCUGAAACAAGUGGAGCAGUACAACCCCCAAUCCAACAAGUGGACACUGGUAGCACCUCUUCGAGAGGGUGUGAGCAAUGCUGCUGUCGUAGGGGCCAAAAACAAACUCUUUGCUUUCGGAGGGACUAGUGUCAACAGGGACAAGUAUCCUAAGGUUCAGUGCUUCGACCCCUGUGAGAACAGGUGGACUGUCCCGGCCACUUGUCCUCAGCUUUGGCGUUACACAGCGGCAGCCGUUGUUGGGAACCACGUUGUGGUCAUCGGUGGAGAUACUGAGUUCUCUGCGAGCUCCGCGUACCGCUUCAAUAGCGAGACGUUCCAGUGGACCAAGUUUGGUGACGUGACUUCAAGGAGAAUCAGCUGUCAUGCAGUGGCGUCAGGGAAUCGCCUGUAUGUGGUCGGGGGAUACUUUGGAGCACAGAGGUGUAAAACCUUGGACUGCUAUGACCCCUCAACGGACUCUUGGGAUAGCAUAACAAGCAUACCGUAUUCGCUUAUCCCAACAGCUUUUGUCAGCACCUGGAAGUACCUCCCAUCUUGAAGACAAAUACUACUCCUAUUUGAUCUUUCAGCGUUCUCUGGAAUGCAGUCGAGUUUCCCCCCUACGAGGCUUGGGAAUGCCGGGGGAGGGGGAGGCGCCUUUCCUUCUUCACAUUCACAUGGACCCUUCACUGGAAACCAAGCCUUAGGUCAUUCGGGAUGGUAACCAUGGCAACCGCCACCCAUCUGAUCACCCAAAAGAGAUGUGGAUAGCAUUGUGAACACAUGUGUACAUAAACUUACUAGACUUCACUAUUUAAACCAGGCUAUUUUUAGCCUGAGGUUUCACGCUUCAACGUCUCGCUCACUCACACGGAUCCUCCGCGUUCAUUAUUUAAGUAAUUAUUAACUCUUGGCUCUGGUUACUCACCUUCAUGCAUGAAACGGGGCUCAUUGUGUUCUUGGUAAGAUUCGGGUGAAAUUAACCCAACACGGUUGAAUAACAAGUUAGGCUGUGCUGCCUUUUUUAUAUCAAAUGUUUUUGAAUAUUGAAUAUAUUACACACGUUCUAAACAUUUUUCUGAUCAGCACUGUAUUCUUGUUAUAAUAGUACUAGACAAAUAGCCCGGCUGAGGUAACAGACAAGUUUGGGUCAUAUUUCACCUCAAAAUGUUAAAAAAGUAUAUAUUUACAUACAGAAAAUGAAGGCUGGUUUUAGGAUGUUUUGGUUUUAGGAUGUAGGAUUAUUUUAAGGGCAAUUAAAACACAUUUCCCCUCCAAAUUCUCAUUACCGUAAUGCAAAAAGUCAUUACCAUAGUGGAAAAAAACAAGAAUGUAUUAUUAAAAAAAAUACUUAAAUCUUGGACAAAUUACGGCAAGGUGUAAAUGUGUUCAUAAUUGUCAUAAAAUAAUGUUGCAAUGCAAAAUUAGAACCAAAUAAGAAAUUAUAUUUAGCUUGAAGACACUGAAGCCUGUUUUUAGCUUGUUUGCAUUGAUAUUUUCAAGGCAAUUAAAGCAGAUUUCCCCUUCAAAUUCUCAUUACCGUACUGCAAAAAAGUGGUUACCAUAAUGAAAAAGAAGAAGAAUACAUUCUUUGAAUUAUAAAAAUGAGAAAAUAUACGUGGAUGCUGAUUUAAAAAAUAAAUACUUAAGUCUGGACAAAUUGCGGUAAUGAUGAAAAAAUGUCUUAAUUGUAAUUAAAUAAAUGAUACAAUGCAUAACAAAAAUUCUUAAAGGUCCUAAAAUAAGCUUUAUUUUCUUUAUCCAUAUUAGUAGUUUUCACUCAACUUUGGAAUGUGUAGUUUACAAUGUGAAUAACAGGUGGUUAAACUACUAAAGCGGUGGAUUCUUUCCUUAAUGGUUUUGUGCCAAUGGUUCAACUUUUUCAGCUCUUUUCAAGGUGAAAAAAAACCUAACAAACGUCUUAAAUGUUGCUGUACAUGUAGCCUUGAUUGUUCUUUUGUGAAGUAUAUUGUAUUUUUUUAAGUAGAUUUUGCACAUUGUAUUAAGACGCUGUCCUUCUCACUGUUGAACGGUCAUCUACACUCAUAAGGGUGUUUUUCUUAAACGUAAGAAUGUGUUGCCUGAGGCCAAAGAAAGCAGCACAGAUAGAGACAUGUUACCAGCUAAAUGUUGCGUUUGCAAACAGUUUUGUAUUGAAAUAUGUUGUGAAAUGUCUUAAUUUGUGUACAAUUUUUUGAUAACACUUUUACUUGUUGUUUGUUUUGGACAUUUAAUGCCAAAUAUUGUUUCUAGCAUCUGUCAGUGUGUGUUAAAGACUUUUUAAAAUAAAAUGUCUGUGAAAAUGCCAA